UCGUUUAUUCAUUUCUGUAUUUAUUUAUUUAUUCUAUCAGAUUGCAAGAAUAAAAUGAAUUCAAAGUUUGGGGAAUGAUUCCAGAAAAAAAUCGGAAAUUACCUUUUUUAUUUUUUUCGUUAUUAAUUCAAAAGAAUUUAAUAAUUGAAAAAUGACCCCAGUAUUCAUUUUAUUCAUUAAAAUAUUAUAACAGUUAUCUUCCGUGGGUGAAUAAACAGUUUGACGCAGCGGUAUCAUAGUAUUCUAUAAAGUAACUUGAAAAUUAUUUAUUUUAAAAGAUUUUUCCAGAAAAAUUCACGUGUUUCCUUUUUUUUCUCUCAGAUUUGAAAAAGUUGUAUGAUACCAUCGAAAGAUAACACCUCAGUUGGUAGAAUAUCUCAUUCGGUUAAAGUAAAUAACUUUCAAAUGAGAGUGAUAUUUAUUAUUGAUUAUUAUUCAUUAAUCUAUAUUAUUGAAUAUUUAUUGAAUUUAUUUUUUGAUCGAUGUUUUCCGCGGGUGGAAUUAGCGUGAACUCUUUAGGCCACUUAACAGUCUUUUUAGCAUCACACGACAAUGUCCUUGGCCAAGAUUAAUUAAUAAUUUGUACUGGAAAUAUACGAGAAAUGUUCAUUCCAUCUCAAGCGCUAAACCUUUUUCGUAAUUAUAAUUAAAAAAAUUGAAUCAAUAUUUUUAUUCGGAAUUACGUUCCAUUUCACGAUCGCGAAAUUAUAAAUUACGAGUUAAUUCAGUGAUUCUAACAAUAUUUACUAUACCCCACGAACGAUGAUAAAUAAUAAAAAAAUUUAAUGUGCGAAAAUGUGACAUUUUUAAUCGACAAUUUUAUUUUUUAAUUGAACAUUUGAAUUCAACUCUAAAGUCUAAAUGAAUUCGACACGAAACUCGAUUUCUUGGUCAGUAAUUACCGGCGAAAAUAUUUUAAUUAGAUAAUAAGCGAUUUUUUUAUCAAAAUUAUGAAUGAGGAACAAUUAAUAAAUUCAUUCUCAUUAUUAAAACUGUUAAUUUAACUACUAAUCUGGAGAUAUCUUCACGCGACAAACUGUCACCGUCGAAAAUGAGUAACGACAUCCAGCAUUUCAUGUCCGAAAUUAACCGGUUCAGACGGGAUUUUAAGAAUGACUACGAUUUUAAGAGGAUGCUGAGUGGGAUAAAACUCGCAAUUUCCAGUAUCACUGCCCACAAUGGUUCAUUGUGUAAUAAUUUUCAUCUCAGUCGUCUUCCUUUAUGCACCGUGCAACGCAAUUCAGUGCUAUCAAUGUGAUAAUUUGAAAGAUAUCAACUGUACCGAGAAGGAAGUGGACCCCAGACACCUUCAAUAUUGCCCCAACACCCAUAAUUACUGUCGAAAAAUAAUUUCCAUGUUUUAUUUCAAGGAUCCAAAUGAGCCUUUCGUAGUUCGCGAAUGUGCUGUCCACGGACCUGAAGAGAAUGUCUGUUACAAGGGAAAAUACAGUAAAGACAGCUAUCAAUAUAUCUGUGAAUGUAAAAACGCCGAGGGUUGUAAUUCCUCUUCCACUCCUGAUAAUCAAAAUUGGGUCCUUCUGAGUCCCAUAAUUUUCACGUUUUUUCACUUAAAAAAUUGAUGAAAAAAAUCUAUUUAUUAAAUGAAUAUCCUUUAAUAAUAAUAAUUUAAAAAUCGUGUAUUUGCAUUUUGUCAAUCAUAUGGACUUAUCCUUAAAUAAAAAAUCGUUAACUCAAUUUUUUUUGUUAUUAAUUAGUACAAAUUGAAUUUAGCAACACCAGAAUUCACCUCAAAUUCUCUCUUAAAAAACCGUAGAACUUUAUCCUUACAGAUCUAUUUAUUUAUGUUAUUUAAUAAUCCAUCAAAUUGCACUAAAAAAUUAAGUUAAA